CUCCCCCGCUCUAAACUGCUGUCUGUGUAAUUGAUCCGAUCCGAACCUGAAGAAAACUCGGCGGAGUCUCUGGGUUUCUGGAGGUAAAAUGGAAGUUCCGGAGGAGUUCUGGGUCCAGGAUGGACUCUGAAACACCUCCAGGAGACCUUUAGAAGAUGCAGCAGAUAAUGGGUGGAGCUGCUGCCGGAUAAAUCACACAUUAGAGAAACAGUUUAGUUUUUGUCCUUUAAAACAGAUAGCAGUAAUUAUGGAAUACAGUGAGAGAGUGCUGUGUGCGACCGGAGAGGUGGAGUUGGACCCGAACAUCGUGAGCGAAGAGGCUGGAAAACUGUAUUCAGAGCUACAGACCGUCAUCGACACCCACGGUGAAGGAGUGGUGGAGUCUCUGGUUCCCAUCUUCGUCUGGGUCCUGGAGAGUUUGGCCAGCUGUAAAUCCCAGCUGAGGGAUCGAGAGGAGGAAGCCGAGAAGGAGAAGUCUGAGCGGGAGGAGCUUCUGGAGAGAUACCAGGCUGAGAGAGCUCUGAGGAAGGAGAGUCAGGAGAGAUACCUGGAGCUGGACGACCAGAUCGAACAGGAGAGGAGAGCCAUGAGGAUGAGGGACAAGGAGAGGGAACGUCGGGAGAGAGAUCUGGAGAAGAAAGCCAGAGAACAAGCCGAUCAGUUGGUGGCCUUGGAGGAGCAGAAGGUGAAUCUGAGCAGAGAGCUGAGUUCACUGAGACUAACUCACACCAAGCUGGGUCACACAUAUCGGGAACUUUUGGAAAAGAGGAGGGACUCUGAGAGGGAUUCUCCUUUAAGAAAUCACGUUCGUCCUCGAAACUUCGACUUUCCGUCCAACCACAGCUCAUCAGAAUCCAGCGGUCCUGAAAAGAUGAUUCAGAGACCACAUUCACUCUCUGGUCCUCCAUGUUUGGAAGAUCUAGUAGCCAAAGAAGAACAAAUGAUGAACAAAAGUGACAUAAAACCCUCCGUGGAUCCGUUCGUCAGCGACAUCAUCAGCUCCACGCCUGAACUCAGACAGUUUCACGGACGCAUAAAAGCCAGUACUCCUGUCAGAUCUGAAACCGAAGAGUCUCCAAACGACAAGUCAGAGACGAGCCUGGAGGGGGAGGAGCAUAAAGACAAGGAGGAGGAGGAAGAGGACGACAAGUAUGAGGAGGACAGUUUGGAGUUUGAACUCCGAAACACCGACUCUGUUUUCUCUGAACUGUCUGAGCUGAGUCGGGAUUACGUGGAGAGUGUCGACCGAGGAGCCAGCGUUAGAGGCAGCACAGACCAGUUCGAGGAGAUUCUUUCUCAGUUUGAGGAACUGAAAGUCACCCACGAGUUGAUCGAAGCCGCCCGUAAAGCUCUGAUUUCUCGGGUGGUGGAACUGACGGACGACCGAUCGGCUCUGAAGCUGGAGGUGGCUUCUCUUCAGGAGACGGUGUCCCGACUGGAGGGGAGGAUGAAGGAGAAGGAGGAGGAAACCAAGAGACUCCGUAAAGAGCUGGAGGCCCACCAGUCCGAGGAUCCUGAUGCGUCGCUGCCGUCCUCCGUGCGUCACUUCUCCCGCUCUGAAAUGGCCCGUGUGGUGAUGGAGAAGAAUCAGUACAAACAGCGUCUGAUCGAGCUGCAGGAGGCGGUUCGUCAGAGUCAGAUCCUCAGAGCGACGAAGGAGGAGAGGUUCUCAGAGGAGAAAAGGUCGAGUGUUUGGAGAAGAUUCAACCGGCUGUUCGGCCUCACCAGAGGACCUUUAGUUCCACAGCCGGUUUCCUUUUUAGCAGCUUCCCCGUCGCCCAUUCGUUCUCCUCUCAGUUCUCCACCGAUUCCUGUCGUCCAUCGAACUCACACCGAAUCUUCUUCUCCGGCUUCUCCGUCGCCUCGAGCCAGACGGAGGGAACUCUACAGAGAAAUCCGAUCUCAGAUUUGGGGAGCUCUGGGAAAACGACAGAUUCAUGGAUGGAGUCUGCCGCUGGCAAACACUCAGGAGAGCCAGGAACCAGUUGCAGAACCUAAAGACGUUCCUGUUCUGAUGCAGCUCAGAAUGUUGGACCAGAGAGACUCCACUGCUAAGCUGAACUGUGCCGUCGCCGUCACACCUGAGAUCUCAGGUGAAGCCACGUGUUCGGUCUGGGUGGUUUCUGGCCCCGCCUCCUGCAGUGACAUCACCGUCAUCGACCCGGCCCGGUCCAACACGGUCCUGGACCAGUUCAGCCUCCCCCCCACGGCUCCGGCUCUCUGCCUCUGCGCCGUCCCUCCCAUCGGUGACUCAGCAGGAACGGUCUGGAUCGGGACUCAGGAAGGAAGCAUCCUGGUCCACUCGGCCUCGGCGCCUCGGAGACGCUGCCUUCAGUCGGUAUCGCUGCUGGAAGGAGUUCAUUCGCUCACGUUUUCCCAGAAUCAGGUCGUCGCUGGUUUAGCUGAUGGGACGUUGGCUUUUUUCUCCCAUGGUUCAGGUGGCUGGAACCUUCAGUCCCACUCCGUGAUGCCUCUGGGCUCCAACCCCCUGCAGCCGGUCCGCUGCUGCCUGGCCAAAGGAGGCCGUCUGUGGGUCGGGUACUGGAACCGGGUCCUGGUGGUCGACCUGGAGGGCAGGAAGGUGGAGCAAACCUUCUCCGUCUCUGAGCGCAGCGAGCAGCAGGUCCGCUUCCUGUGUGCGGCAGGAAGUGGCGUCUGGACUUCCUGUCGCCUCGACCCGGUCCUCAGGCUGUUUGAUUGGUCCACGGGACGGCCGCUGCAGGAAGUGGAUUCUACAGCUUUGGUCACUAAAACUUUAGGCCAGCCCUUCCUGAACCUGUCUCCUCUCCAGAUCUCCUCUCUGACCGUCAUCUCAGGUCGGCUCUGGGUGGGAACAUCAGGAGGAGCCGUGUUCUCCAUCCCCCUGUCCAUCACUUCAGAGGACGUCUCCAUCCCAUACUGCUCCACUGCUUCGGCCCAGCUGUGUUACCAUGGACACCGGCAGGCCGUCAGGUUCAUCAUCGCUGCUCCAGGUUGUUUGAUGACGGGCAGCAGCCACAUCUCCACGUCCCAACUCAUUCUCAGCGGAGGAGAAGGUUACAUCAACUUCAGAAUCGGAGAUGACGCCAGCGAUGAUUCCUGCGAGGCGUCUCAGUCGACCCCUCAGAGGUCCGAGCGGAGUCACAUGAUCAUCUGGCAGAGCCCGUCCCUCUCGGUGCCAAGUCCGGCUCUCUGACCCGUUUAAAGGUGCUUUAAUGGACCUGAAACAUCUGGUUUACCUCGUUUAUCUCCAUCAUCUCUCCUCUGACUGGAUCCCAUGAGUCAUGUGCCUUCAUCAGAUUAUUUAUCAGUGAUGCAGAACUGAUCAGAUUAUUGAUUCCUGAUCAGCUACAUCCAGUUAACAGACUCUUAAUGUUCUCAAAUCGUUCUGUUUCUGCUCCGACGUCUAUGAUCUGCUCUGUGGUUCAAACAGAUUUAAUGUGAGAAAAAACCUUGGAAAAUAUCCGACAAAUGAAGCAGAAAUUUCACAAAUAUCUUAAUAAGCAUUCAGGUUUCCUGUAAAGCAGAUCGUAGACGGUGGAGCAGAAGGACUCUGAUGAUCUGAGGUGCAAUAUUCCAGUUUCUGAACAGGUUUUGAUGGUUGAAUCUGUGAACUGAAUCAGGUUUUUAUGUUUUAUUUUACAGUGGUGGAACUUCUUUGGGGUAUUUUUGGAGUUUCUGCCGUCAAUAUUCAGUCAAACCUCCUCAUGUGGUGAAAUUGCAGAAACCUUCCUCAGAUAUUGUUUUAUUUCUUUGUGCGAUAAGGGAGACGGAUGCAGUAUUUAUGUUAAAGCAGAUUCUUUGUGGAAAAACUGGAAUUGUGGAAAUAUAGAAACUCUGAUUAUUGUCAUUAAAAUGCCUUCAGUUGUU